GGGGCCAUCUUUGGAGCACACAGAUGGCUCUCCCAAUACUGAAAGUCCGUUUGACGGAACCCGCAGUGGGGGCUUCGCGGCUUCGCCUUUGCCAUUUGCCUCAUUGAACUUCUUCACGUCUCCAUCAAGUGAUGCCAGCAACGGCGAUAUCAUUCUCUUGUCAGAGUCGAUAACAACAUGUCCUUUCCAAGCCACCACUCGUACCUUCUCUUUCUCCUUAUCGUCGUUAUCCACAUCCAUGUAGGCUCCUCAUUUAAUUUUGAGAUUGAACGGCGUGUGAUGGAUGCCAUUGAAGCUUUCUUUGGCGUCCCCGAAGAUAUGGUGUUGAUUCUCAAGGAAUAUCGGGCCAACGGAGGAUUUGCCAAGGACUUGCAGGCAUCGGAUCGGGAUACCUUUGGGGCGAUUGCCCAUUCCAUCCGGCAAGUGUCUCAUGUUGACAUGAUUUACUAUGGUGCUGAAGAUGGAGUCUUCAUGGGGUAUAAUAUUGCUGGAUGGGGCACCUACCGAGAACCAGGGAGCAGUGGAUACAGUUUUCCCUCCGACGUGGUCACACCCGAAAAUACUACAGCCUCCACCACUGCCAUGUUGUAUCGAAAUACGUGCGUCGAUCGCAUUUCUGGGACUCCAGCGGUUUGCGCCCAACAACCAAACACACCGUACAUUCAAUGUGACAAUUGCAAAGCCUUGGAGUUGUGUCCUAUUGUUGCCAAUGAUGAUCCUGCCGCUACUGGUACUGCUUCUGGAAGGACUCGUGAAAAUGGAGAAGAGCAAGAAGAAAUGUGGUGCUAUCAGUACGAUAUUGUCAACACAAGCACUUCUUCCUUGAUUACUGGUUAUAUACCCCGCACUUAUCAUUGCCAUGAUAUUCAAGGACAAUUCUCACAAACACCGGGAAUGAUUGUGCAGCCAGAUGGAUCUCUAGGGGAUUGUCUCUAUGCCGACCGAUCCACAAGAGUCAACCGCAAUAUUGUUGGAAACUUUGCCUACUGUGAGGAUUCAGACAAUGAUUGCCGCAAGACAUUUGUAGGGGGGUAUGACAACGUAGAUUACGACCCACGCUAUCGAGUCUGGUAUCGCACUACCAAAGAACUACAGCGACCCAUUUGGUCCCAGCCCUAUCCGUUCUUCUCAUCGGGCAAGUUGGGUCUAACCUACAGUCAUCCCAUUUACACCCACAAUGAUGAUGGUCGCAAGAUCUUUCAGGGUGCAAUGGGCGUCGACUACACAUUUUCCGAUCUCAACGCCUUCCUCAAUGCCAGCUACAGCAAUGCCAAUUCCAUUGUCGUCAUUUACGAACAAUCUGCACCACAUUAUCUUGUGGCGUCCUCCCCGGGUUUCCAAGCCGCCGUCAAGGUAUCCAAAAGCGGCAUGAUGAACAGUCCUUGUCCCUACGAAGAUGACGAUGUAAGACAACAACAGCAUUGUACUAUUACGCGACGAUCCGUUACAGACGUCGACGCCGUCAAUGACGGUCUCGAGGCAAGACUCGUACAAGCAGCCUAUCAAAGUCAAGUCAAUGCCAACUAUCCCCGCGGACUGGUUAGUGUCGAUGACUUGACACCAGAGGGAACAGCUACACAACAAGCCUAUGCCUCACAGUCAUCCUUCUACUCGGCAGAAGGAGACAAGAACCUGGACUGGGUGAUUUUGGUGAUAUCUCCCGUGACACGAAGUACAACCGAUGCCGUCAAAUCAGAAGACAGUCUCUUUGGAAUUGUCUGUGCCAUUGCUGGACUUGGAUUUGUUCUCUGCGUUUUGAUGCUGGUUUCCUUCCUAUCGCAGCGAAAAUCACGGGCCAUUAUUCUGGCAGAUAUUCUGUUUACAUCGGCCUUUCUGACGGGCUGUGCUUUGACCAAUCUUUCCAGUUUGACAUAUUUAGGCGACAACACACAAACACUCUGCAUUGUACGGAUGUGGUGCUUUCACUUCCUCUUUGCUUGUGCCCUCUCGCCACUCUUGGUCAAAGUGUACAGGAUCUACAGGCUUGUGGGAUCCACGGAACGAAACCCAUCCAUCAUUUCCAGUACAGUCGCCUUUGCCAUGACGCUACCCAUCAUUUUAGUGCAAGUGGCCAUACUCACCAUCUUUACGGUUGUCUCGCCACCUCAACCGGAAGACUUCAUUCUGAUUGUGGCGGAAGAAGAUGGGGGCAGUGUGACACAAGUCGUUCAAUGUCAACACGAAUCACCAGCCUUUUAUAUUACCAUCCUGACCUUUGAGUUUGCCUUGGUCUUGAUUGGAUGUGGUUUGGCUUUGCGAGCACGCAAAGUCGAUCCGGGAUUUGGACAAGCUACCGAAUUGCUCUUGUCCAUGUUCAACAUUGCGUUUAUUGGCAUUGGGAUUACCAUUAUCACGGUAGCCAUGAAUGUCGACCAGCAGGCUCAGGUUGUCCUCUUCACCAUGGGUGUGUUUUGGGGAACGGUUUACAGUUCAGCUGUGUUUGUUGUUCCCAGAUUUUUGCAAGCCCGUCAAGAUGUACAGCAGCGGAGGUCAGCGAGAACACCAGCCCCUGCUGUAUCAGAAGAAGCACCUGAUCAAGACUUCCAAGUGAUUCAGACCGAAGCAAGGCCUUCGCCUCCUGUCGUUCUUAGCGAAGACACGGGUGACAAUCGGGGCUACAAUCCCAGCAGGCGACUUUCGGACAACGAAGACACAGGGUGGUCUGAGUUUGAGCACGACGAUGGUGUUGCCUUGGGAACUCGCAGCACGACCAGUCAGAUCUAACCUAAUCCAACAAGUGUUCUUGGGGCCAUCCAGAGAUCCCAAGGUCUCCACCACUGAAAUUCUCACCGGCUGAACGCUGGUGUUGCCCACGGAUCUGAACGGCAAAAUCAUAUCAGCGUAAUGUUGGCUAUCGGUCCGUACAGGCAUUGGUCGCGUUGGUUGCCGGAAUGCAGUAGUUUCAAGACUUGUUGGGAAUAGUUUUGGAUUGCUGCAUUGUCAGUAUUGCACUCGUGGGAUACGGGGAUAUCGGUGGCUUUCCAUUGAUGAAGUAACCAAUUCAUAUAAGCAGUAUUUUCAAAAUUCUUCAUCCACACACAAUUUCCAGUCGAUUGCCGUUGGUGUAUCAACGUGUAAGCUAGAUGUGGGCCAAUCCCCAAACC